UUCCUCCUCUCUCUCUCCUGUCCUGGAAGACAGGCAUAUCGAAGACCACUGCUGGAGAAGCGUAAAGCCCCGAGCUUGAAGGAAGAGAAGAAGAUUGGAGAAAAAUGGCGAUGGCGAAGCCCGUCCUUCUUCUUCCAGCCGUUCGGCUGGAGGCGAAGAAGGCUCCCCCGGACGGUAAUGGCGGAAUCCCACUUCCCGCCACCAGCCUCCAAAGGCCCGCGCUUUCUCUCUCUAAGCCUUCUUGGGUUGUCAGGACGGAGUCGAAUGUGCAUAGGGAGGUUCGGAAGAAGCCAGAACCCCCUUGCGUUGUCUGCCAUGGGAGUGGAAGGAUUGAUUGUCACCGUUGCCGCGGAAAAGGAAGGACAAAUCAUGUUCACUUGAAGAUGCUUCCAAGAGGGGAGUGGCCAAAAUGGUGCCGGACAUGUGGUGGUAGUGGCCUUGAAUACUGCUCGCGAUGCCUUGGCACUGGAGAAUACAGGUAUAUAAUGGGCUUCCAGUUUAUGAAGAGGGAGACUAAAGAGAGUGCAGACAGUGGAAGAUAUCAGAAUGAAGCGAACGAAGAUUGUCGAAGUACCGCCGAUCGACUCCUCAAUGGUGACUAGUCUGUGCAAAAUUUCAUUUGCGUUGACGGAUGUGGUUCGGCUAACUUGGUCAUUGGAUGGGGCCAAAUGUUGCAGCUCAAGUCUCUAAACUAUCGGGGGUUUGCCAGCUCUGAAUGUCUUCUUUUCAGUGUAUGGCUGAGAUCCAAAUGUCGUGGCAGCAUUACCAAGAAUCUUGAAAUUCACUGGAGAACAGCAAACCCUUAAAUCGAGGAAGAUUGGUCAAGCAAAUGGGAUGUAAAAUCACAUGUUUCCUUCCUUUCUAUGUUUGAGUUUGAUGAUUGAAAUCGUUGUUAGCGGUAUGAAAGUGAAGUACCCUUCCCGCAUUUUAGUCUGAAAACAGCUUCUGUUGUGAUGAUAAUGUUAUAUUACUAAUACUAACAAAAAAUAUUCAACUGCU